AUGGGUUUCGCAAACGCAAAGUUCCCUGCCUCCGCGGCCUUCGACGUCAUCGACAGCGUGCUCUCCGGCUCCGACGCCGAGCGCAAGGACGCCAUUAAGCAGGCUAACGGUGUUUUCGCCUUCACUCUCAAGAACAAGGCUGGCGAGACGGAGAGCUGGCACGUCGACCUUAAGGAGUCGGGACGUGUGGGCACCGGUGUUGGCAAGCCUACCGUCACCUUGUUGCUUUCCGAGGAGGACUUUGGCAAGCUUGUUGACGGCUCUGCCAACCCUCAGCGCUUGUUCAUGUCUGGCAAGCUCAAGAUCAAGGGUGAUAUCAUGAAGGCUACUAAGCUGGACCCCAUCAUGAAGAAGGCCAAGGCUAAGGCUAAUCUGUAA